AUGAGAUAAUAACACACGUGGUUGGGGAGGAGACUGUCUGGCUGUUACACUCACCCUCCUUUCUUUCUUCUUUCUCUGUGUCUGUGUCUGUGUGUUAGCUCUGAAAUUUCUUUGGCUCUCUUCUCUAUAUAUAACAAUGGCAAGAAUAGCAAGUAGCUAACCAAAACAAAAGCAACCCAUUUGCUCACCUUUCAAAUUUAUUACACAAUCCUUGAGAGAGAAAUCCAAUCUGUUAAAAGAAACAUCGUUAGAAGUUGCAGGAAUCACAUAUACAAUCCACAUUUUUCGCUCUCUCUCUCAUUUUCUUUGCCAAAAACAAAACUCUUUUUUUUUUUCUUUCUCAUUUGGGGUUUUCUUUUCUGUUUUCUUCCUUUUCAGUUUUUCCCUUUCCUUGGCACUCUCUUUCUUGUAUCUUGCCUUUUUAACAAUUUUGCAUCUCUUUUUUCUCUUUGUCCUUGAUCAAGGUAAGCCUGUUAUAAUUAACCUUUGUUUUCAUUUUUAACUUCUUGUUUUUUUUUUUUUUUUCCUUCUUCUUUGUGGUGUUUUAUUUAAGUUUUUUGUUUUUCUUUCUUAAAAGAAAGAUAUUUGUGACUAAAAAGGAUGAUGCCCUGUGGAUAUUGUCAUUUUGGUGUUUGAUUAUGAAAUGACUGUGCAAGAAAUGGCCAUGGCCAUUUUCUGGAUUACUUUUGAGUUUUAUCUCUCAUUGAAAGUUUUAGAGGUGAAAAAUGAACUUUUUUUCUUCUAAAGAUGAAACUUUAAUUUGGCUUUAUGAGAAAAUGGGUAUCUGAAUUAUAGCUCAAUUCUUUUUUUUUUUUUUCUUUUCAUUAAUACAUUAAAGGUCCUCCAAAUAACAACAUUGUGUCUCCACUAUUCUUGAAGAUCUUCUUGUAGUCUUUUAUCUUGAUGAUUCUUGGGCAGAAACAUUUGGGAGCUUAUAAUCCACGUAAUCACUAGAAAAGGAGAAAGAAAAGUUAUCAAGACCCCAUAUAGAGUAAAAUACAAUUGUCCUCUUCAAUUAAAUGGGGAUAGCAUUUUCAUGCCCAUUUGGUGAUUUUAAUGAUUUGGACAGUCGUUUGAAUGCUGUUCUCAUGAAAUCAAUUGAAAUUGAUGGUGAAGAUGUGAGGACUGCUUUGCGGUCUGUCAGUUUCAAUGGCCGUGAUUCAGAACAUACUAUCUUGAGAUCAUUUGGUUCUGGAAAGAUGCUAUUUGAAGGAUCCCUAAGCUUUAAAGGAAGAGAAUUGAAUACCACAUUUUCCUUUAAGUCUACUGAUUCAGAACUAGCAACAUUUAUUCCUAAAAAUGGGAAUAGGGGUGACCAAUUGACAAGAUCUGAUACCUUGUCUAAGGUAAAACAUCCUACACCAUUGGCUGAAUCAGGGAACCAACUGCACGAGGCUGCUGUGAAGUUGCAGAAAGUGUACAAAAGUUUCAGAACCAGGAGGCAGCUGGCAGAUUGUGCAGUUGUUGUUGAGCAGAGAUGGUGGAAACUGCUGGAUUUUGCUGAGCUCAAGCGAAGCUCUAUAUCUUUCUUUGACAUUGAGAAACCAGAGACUGCUAUUUCACGUUGGUCAAGAGCAAGAACGAGAGCUGCCAAGGUAGGGAAAGGCUUGUCCAAGGAUGCAAAGGCUCGGAAGCUUGCUUUACAGCAUUGGCUUGAGGCAAUCGACCCCCGGCAUCGCUAUGGCCAUAAUCUUCAAUUUUAUUAUUGCAAGUGGCUCCAUUGCCAGAGUACACAGCCUUUCUUCUACUGGCUCGAUAUUGGAGAAGGGAAAGAAGUCAACCUUGAUAGAUGUCCUAGAUCGAAGCUUCAACAGCAAUGCAUAAAGUAUCUUGGUCCUACUGAAAGGCAGACUUAUGAAGUAGUAUUGAAUGAUGGGAAGUUUGUCUAUAAGCAAAGUGGCAAAGUUCUUGAUACAACAGGAGGACCAAAAGAUGCAAAGUGGAUUUUUGUUCUCAGUACAUCAAAAACCUUAUAUGUUGGUCUGAAGAACAAAGGAAGAUUUCAACAUUCAAGUUUCUUGGCUGGUGGAGCCACGCUAUCUGCUGGAAGAAUAGUUGUGGAAGAUGGUGUUUUGAAGGCAGUCUGGCCUCACAGCGGACAUUAUCUUCCAACAGAAGAGAACUUCCAGGAGUUCAUGUCCUUCCUUAGGGAACAUAAUGUGGACCUCAGUAAUAUCAAGGAAAGCCCAGCUGAAGAGGAGGAAGAAGCAAUUAGCAAAAAGGGCAAAAGCAUUAGUCUCCGAGACAGCCAACCAGAUGCAGUUUUAUGCCAACACACAAACAUAACAAGCAUCAAAAGUUUGCCUCAGGAAAACAGAGACUUCAGGAAACAAGAUUCUGCUGCUGCAGAAGAUACUUCUGAUCAGUUCAUACCAAAGCUGUCUCAUGGAUUACAGUUGAACAUUACUAAACUUGAGAUACCAACAAGAGAAGAUGUGCAUGAAAUUUUGAAGGAGGAAGCACGAGGACAAAGCAACGUAGAACCUCCUAAUGAAGAUGGUUAUGAAUCUGGGGAAGAUUCAUGCUUGACAGAGGAAGAUUUCAUAUUUCUUAAGAUUAAUCUGUUUGAUGAAGAUGACAAAGAGGAAGAUGAAGAGCCCAUCCCAAAAGAAAAAAUUGUGAAAAGGAUAAAUUCACAUAAAGGAAUGAAGUCAUAUCAGCUGGCUAAACAAUUAUCAUCUAAAUGGACUACAGGAGCAGGACCAAGGAUUGGGUGCAUGAGGGAUUACCCAUCAGAACUUCAAUUUCGGGUUUUGGAGCAUGCAAACUUGUCACCAAGGACGGAAAGUGCUAACUCAACUCCCCGUUCAGCAUCCCGUUUUAGCCUGAAGGACUCCGCACCAACUCCAGCACGUAGGGAAGCACCAUGUAGAAGUUCCCUUGCUCAAAACUGAGCAACAGUAAUGUCUUAGAUUACAACAGCUUAGUCUGUAUCAGAUACAAGAAAAAUUCUUCCAACUGAUUUAGCACUUAAUUCAAGAGUAGAGAAGACGAUAUAGUAAAUUCUUUUUACAUUCUUUUCUACACCAUUCUUUUAUACACUUUUGCCUUGGUUCUUUUUCCUUUGUACAUUUCACAGAGAAAAAAUGUUAAAGGAUUUAUCAGGUCUUUUUCUUUUGCUGUCA